CCGGAGGGUGCGGCCCGCGGCGUCCCCGCGCGGCCGCUGGAGCAGCGCCGAGGAGCCCCGAGCGCGUCGCCGGGCCCGGAGAAAGAAGAAAUUCCCCUUUCAACUCAGGAAUACCUUCACAGACUACUGGGAGCUUCUGAUGGUUGCAGCUUUCUAAUCAUGAGGCAAAUCUUUCUGAUCCAGAGCAAUUCCAUAAGACUCUUCUAAGACUGAGCUGGUGAUUUUCUUCUCUGUAUUAAAGCAAAACUGGGAGGCAGAAAAGAAAGCUGCUGCAAGAGAAUUCAGGAGGAGAUUGAGAGGAAAAAAGAAUGAAGGAGCGAAAGUCAACAGAACUGGAAGAGGGACUGGAAGGGGCGGGAAAAACCACCAGUGCUGUUCAGCCAGACUAUAAUGUGAAGCAACCAGGAUGGGGAAUGUCGCAAAUGAGCAAAGGAGAACCAUCCAAGGGGAUGCAGCAACGCUGGGAAGUCCAAUGGCAGGAGUUCCUGAAGACGCUGCAGUCUCCUCAUUCAACUUGGGGGAACCUUCCACUGUCAGAGACAACUCCAUGGGAAGACACCAAGGCCUUCCUGGCCUCCUUCGAGCAAGUGGCCAAGGCCUGCCGGUGGCCUAGAGCGGAGUGGGCAGCUCGGCUCCUGCCAGCACUGAGUGGGGAAGCUGAGCAGGCCUUUCAGAGUCUGGAGGCCAGAGACCGGGAGGACUAUGGGAAAGUGAAGGCGGCCAUCUUGCGAGGGGAGGCCCUGAGAAUGGAGAUGCAGCGCCAGCUCUUCCGGCAGUUCUGCUGCCAGGAGGUGGAGGACCCUCGUCGGAUUCACAGCCAGCUCCAGGAGCUGUGCCGGCAGUGGCUGAAGCCGGAGCGGCACAGCAAGGAGCAGAUCCUGGAGCUGCUGAUCCUGGAGCAGUUCCUGGCCAGCCUGCCACCUGACCUCCAGGGCUGGAUCCGAGCGGGAGGGCCGGACUCCUGUUCCCAGGCAGUGGCCCUGGCGGAGGACUUCCUGAUGAGCCAGCAGGAGGCCGAAGGAGGGAAGUGGCAGGGGCCCUUGCCAGAUGUGUGUGUAGGCUCCGUGGAGGCCGAGGAGGUUUCAUCGGAGGUGGUGCAGACACAGAUCUACAAAGAAGGCAAGCAGCUCGGACAGGAAGAGAUCUGUCUCUUAGAGAGCGGAAUCAAAUGCCCCAGUCUUUCCAGCUCAUCGCUAAUUCCCGAAGGGCAGGAGAUGAGCGGAGCCGGGCCAAGCGAGAGACUCCUGAACCUCAAGGAGACGGGCGUGUCUUUGCAUGUGGUGGAACGGACCCUGGCCCAGCCCGGCCAGCAGACCCUGUUCUGGCAAGUCCUGCCGGAGGAAGAUGGAAACAUUCAGUCUUUUGGUGACGGGAAGGGAGGUCAGUUGAAAGUAGAGAAUUCCCAGCGAGGAAGAAAUGAGGCCGAAGAUGCAUCCCAGACUAUGCCACAAAUAAGUCAAGGGAAUGUGUCGGUGUCAUUGACCGCUGAGAUGCAUGAGGAAAGAUGUGAUGAAAAGAGAUGUUGGAUCAAGAUGGAGACAUCUCAGCAAGGAGAGGCUGUGCCCGAGGAAACAAACAGGGUGGGAGCUGAAACAAUCCAGCGGAAUUUUCCUGUGGCAUCUGAAAUUCAUGAACUGAGAUGUGAUGAAAAGAGAUGUUGGAUCAAGAUCAAGAAAUCUCAGCAAGGCGAGGAAACGCAUAGGUUGGAAGCAGAAACAACCCAGUGGAAUUUUCCUGUGACGUCCAAAAUGCAUGAACUGAGAUGUGAGUCCAAAGGGCAACCGGAGAAGACGCCAAUGGAGAGAGGAAGUGAAUUCUGUGAACUUGCAGCAGGUCCUCCGGGUGCUGUUGGCAACUCUUCCACAGUGCCAACAGUAGGGGGAAAGUCCUUAUUCUCCAAAUACGAGAGAAAAUACCACUUCAAGUCGGAUCUUGUCGUGACACACACAGGGGAGAGCCCUUUCAAGCAUCCCAUGCGGUGGGAAGAGACCCACACAAAACGUUGCCUUCCUAAGCCUCAGGGAAUCUGUGCAGGAGAGAAACAGUGUGUGCUCUCUGAACUUGGGGGAAUUUUCCAUCGGAGAGAUUUUAUCGGAUACCAGAGCAACCAUCCAGAAGAGAAACCUUAUGAAUGUCCCGAGGAUGGGAACCGCUUCAAACGCAAACAGACUUUUCUGAGCACUCAUAGAGGAAGGAAACCACAUGAAUGUUCUGUCUGUGGGAAAGGCUUUACUUACAGAGCAGAGUUAACAAGACAUCAGAGAAUUCAUACUGGAGAGAAACCAUAUGAAUGUUCUGAAUGUGGGAAAUGCUUCAGACAGAGAGCACACCUGAGUGGUCAUCAGAGAAUCCACACUGGGGAGAAGCCAUUCAAAUGCCCUGAAUGUGGGAAAGGGUUCUGUCGGAGAAAUCAGUUGAUUGGACAUCAGAGAACUCACCGAACGUUCAUAAGCUCUCUGUCUUCUGAGGAUGGGGAGACUGUGGAUCAGAAAGUGACACUGACGAAACAUCACAGUCUUUAUGAAGGGUAUUGAGAAUUUAUACUCUGCAGGCCAGAGCAAUGAAUUCUCAAAUGCUACUGAAAAAGGAGAAGGGCCUAAACUCCCACCUGGUGAAGUGGCUGAUUAGCAGCAGGUUCUGUUGCCGCCUGAAACAGAAAGAAGAGGUGUGGACUCAAUGAAAAGGAAAAGAAGAGGUGUGGACUCCAGGUUUUGCUCAGGAAUUAACAUUUAUUUGUGACUUAUGUUACACGGAAGUGAUUGUGCAUAACGUAGUGUUACUUGAACAGGUCUGUGGGCUUUGGGGUUUUUUAAAUCAUCUUCUUUUCCAAAGCACUAAGAGAACAUAAUAAAACCAAUUAUUUCUCAAUC